UGUAAUCAAGAAAUGAAAAUAAAGUUAAGAGGUUACUAUCAUUAACUCAUUUGACAAAGUGAACUACUUUCUUGUUUUUUUUCCCACUAACCCUUUUCUUUUGCUCUCAAAUGCUAGUGGUUCUCUCUCUUUCUCUGGUUGGCCACUACUACUAGCCUUUCUUUUUCCCUUCUCUAAUGCUAGUGGUUUCUUUCUCCUUUUCUUUUUCUUUCUCACUCUGCUUCUUCUUCUUCAACUUCUUUCAUGGUGUUGUACAAGUGUUAGCUGCUCAACGGAGGUGAAUUAUAACAAAAAGCAAGGUUUUCUUUAGCAUGGAGAGAAAUGGAUAAAGAAACAAACCAAGAAAGCCCAUCUCUCCCCUCUACCAUAAUCAAAGAAGACUCAUCAAGAAAACAACUCGGUGGUAGUGGUGGUUUGGGCGGCGGCGAUAGACUGAAAAGAGAUGAAUGGAGUGAAGGAGCUGUUUCAAGCUUACUUGAGGCUUAUGAAAGUAAGUGGAUACUUAGAAACAGAGCCAAGCUUAAAGGUCAUGAUUGGGAAGAUGUAGCAAGAUACGUGUCUUCACGUGCAAAUUGUACUAAGUCACCAAAAACGCAAACCCAAUGCAAGAACAAGAUCGAGUCCAUGAAGAAGAGGUAUAGAUCGGAAUCCGCCACUGCAGAUGGCUCCUCUUGGCCUCUAUACCCAAGGCUUGACCUUUUGUUACGUGGAAGUGCAGCAGCUGCUACGGCAGUACCACCUCAGCAGCCGCUACAGCCGCAACUACCACCACCACUACAAUCAGUUCCAGUGUCUAAUCAUCCUCCUUUGAUGCUCUUGGAACAAACUCCUGUGGUGAUGCCACAACCGCCUCCGCCUCCUCCUCCUCCUCCUCCUCCUCCUCCGGCUAUUACGACUGCACAGAACUCACAUGGGUCCAAUGGUAUUGAUAGAGGCCUCAAGGAAGAUGGUGGUGGAACAAAAUUAUCAGACCAUGUUUCAGAUAAGAACAAUGCCGUGGAAACAGACAGUAGUACUCCAGCUUUGUAUAGCGAUAAGGAGAAAUUCAGGUCAAAAAGAAUGAAGAUGAAAAUGGAGAGGAAGAAGAGAAGAAGAAGAGAAGAAUGGGAGAUAGCAGAUAGCAUAAGAUGGCUAGCAGAAGUAGUGGUAAGAUCAGAACAAGCAAGAAUGGACACAAUGAGAGAAGUAGAAAAAAUGAGAAUAGAGGCAGAAGCAAAAAGAGGUGAAAUGGAUCUAAAAAGAACUGAAAUUAUAGCCAAUACUCAACUGGAGAUUGCCAAGCUUUUUGCAGGAGUUGGUAAAGCUGUUGAUUCUUCAUUAAGAAUUGGAAGAAGCUAAUUGAUGUAUAGAGAGAGAGAGAGCUAAUUAAAGAAAGGGUGAGGGAGAUUUAAUUAACUUGUUGUAGGUCAAAAUAACAAAUCUUUACCUCAUUUUAAUGUUCUCUUUCGUUGAACAAUGCAGUGAUUUCAAGAAGAUAUUAUUAAAUGAUUAAUACAAGUGUAGAAAUCAAUUUAUGGAAACCA